GCGGCGCCGAGCUCGCCGCUCUCCGGAGUGAGCCGGCCGCGAGCCGGGAGCGGCGCGCGGGCGGCCGGAGCCUCGGCGGCGGCGGCGCUGACACGGACCCCGACACCUCCCACCAUGGACAGCUUCGACCUGGCCCUGCUGCAGGAGUGGGACCUCGAGUCGCUGUGGGGCGAAGACAUCCUAAGCCAGAGGAGUGACUCUCUAGUGGUGGAAUUUCAGUCGUCAACCAGCCGAUGCAGGAGUGUCUACGAACCAGAUAGAAAUGUGCUACGGAGGAAAGAACGAGAAAGGAGAAACCAGGAGACCCAGCAGGAUGAUGGCACAUUUAAUUCCAGUUAUUCCCUCUUCAGUGAGCCCUACAAGACCAACAAGGGGGACGAGCUCUCCAACCGGAUCCAGAACACGUUAGGCAAUUACGAUGAAAUGAAGGACUUCUUAACCGACAGGUCUAAUCAGAGUCACCUCGUUGGCGUUCCCAAACCUGGGGUUCCGCAGGCCGCCGUGAACAAGAUCGAGGAACAUUUUGUUGCGGAUUCCAGAGCCCAGCCCCAGGCCUCUGCGGUCGGCAGCACUGCAUCUGCCACGCCAGCCGCUGUGCCCGCGCAGCAGAGCAAGAGGGGCUCCGUGGGCUGGCAGAAGGCUGGGCACCCGCCCCCCGACGGCCCACCGAGAGCGAGCAAGCGCGGACACAGGCUGAUCGAUCUCACCAGAUCCGCUCCGCCAAAGAACCCGAAUCAGAAGCCUAACCACUGUGUGUCCAGCCCCUCUUCCUCCCCCCCUUCUCCUUCUUCUUCCAACUCAGCACAACAGAGCUCUCUCAGGACCUUGCUUGGCGAUGGCGCUGGCAGGCAGCAGCCGCGGGCCAAACAGGUGUGCAAUGUGGAGGUGGGUCUUCAGACCCAGGAGAGACCCCCCGCCAUGGCAGCCAAGCACGGCGGCAGUGGACACUGUGUGCAGAACUUCCCUCCAUCCCUGGCCUCCAAGCCCAGCCUGGGCCAGCAGAAACCCACCGCAUACGUGCGGCCGAUGGAUGGCCAAGACCAGGCUCCCGAUGAGUCUCCGAAGCUGAAGUCAUCCGCGGAAACCAGCGUGCACUGUACGUCCUACAGGGGCGUCCCGGCCGCCAAGCCAGAGUCCACCAGAGCCAAGGCCAAGCUUUCCAAGUUCAGCAUCCCCAAGCAGUCGGAGGAGAGUAGACCUGGAGAAACCAACAGCUGUGUGGAGGAGAUAAUCCGGGAGAUGACCUGGCUCCCGCCGCUUUCUGCUAUUCAGCCGCCUGGCAAGGUGGAACCGAGCAAAUUCUCAUUUCCCAAUAAGGACUCUCAGCUCAUUUCCUCUGGACACAACAAUCCAAAGAAAGGUGAUGCUGAGCCCGAGAGUCCAGACAAUGGCACCUCGAAUACAUCAAUGCUCGAAGAUGACCUCAAGCUAAGCAGUGAUGAAGAGGAGGGUGAACAGGCAGCCCAGGGAGCCGCGCUCCACGCUCUGUCUGACAGCGCCGGGCUCCAGCAGGCCAGCCGCAGAGCCUCAGUGGCCUCCAGCAAGGGCAGCAGCAGCGGCAGCAGCAGCAGCGGCAGCAGCUCGUCCAGCGACUCGGAGAGCAGCUCGGGAUCCGACUCCGAGAGCGAGAGCAGCUCCAGCGAGAGCGAGGGCAGCAAGCCCGCCCACUACUCCAGCCCCGAGGCCGAGCCUGCUUCCUCUAACAAGUGGCAGCUGGACAAAUGGCUGAACAAAGUGAACCCGCACAAGCCGCCCAUUCUGGUCCAGAAUGAGAGCCACGGCCUGGAGGGCGGCCAGUACUACGCCCCCGGGAAGGACCCGGCCCAGGACGGCGGGAAGCUCCCCGACGGGUGCCAGGCCGGCCUGAGGGAGAAGGACGCCAAGAGCGCCUGCAAGGAAGAGCAGAGGCCAAGGACAGCCAACAAGGCCCCGGGGACCAAGGGCGUGAAGCAGAAGUCCCCGCCCGCGGCCGUGGCCGUGGCCGUGGCAGUGACCGCAGCCGCCCCGCCGCCAGCCCCCGCCGGGGCGCCCCCGGAGCCGCCCGCCCCCACGCGGAGGUCCGCGGGCAAGAAGCCCCCCAGGCGCACCGAGCGGGCCUCCGCCGGGGAGCCCGCCAGCUGCCAGCGGCCGGAGGAGCCCGCGGAGGCGCUGGGGGCGCCCGCAGCCAUCCCCCCCGUCCCUCCGGAGCCCCCCAAAGCCAGGCCCUGCGCCAGCAGCAGGACCAGCCACCGCAAGGAGCUGCGCGCCGCCGCCUCCGUCCCCUGCGAGAAGCGCCGCACGCGGGGGCUGAGCAGGAUCGUCCCCAAAUCCAAGGAGUUCAUCGAGACAGAGUCCUCAUCGUCCUCCUCCUCCUCGGACUCGGACCUGGAGUCGGAGCAGGAGGAGUACCCUCUGGCCAAAGCGCAGGCCGCGGCCGCCGCCCCUGCCAGUGACCAGCGGCUCAAGGAGGCGGCGGGCGGCAUUGGCGGCGGGCCCCGCGCACCCGUGGGCUCCAUCAACGCCAGGACCACCAGCGACAUCGCCAAGGAGCUGGAGGAGCAGUUCUACACGCUGGUCCCCUUCGGCCGCAACGAGCUCCUCUCCCCGCUGAAGGACAGUGACGAGGUCAGGUCUCUCUGGGUCAAAAUCGACCUGGCGCUCCUGUCCAGGAUCCCAGAGCACCUGCCCCAGGAGGCGGGGGCCCUGAGCGCGCCCGCGGCCAAGGAGGCAGAGAGCGCACCUCCGAGCCACCCGGCCGACACCCCUGUAGAGAAGGCUUUGCCCAAAUCCAAGAGGAAACGCAAGUGUGACAACGAGGACGACUACCGGGAGGUCAAGAAGGCCCCAGGAGAGAAGGAGAGCUCUUCCCGCCUGGCCGCCUCUGCCAGCAACACUGUGUCCGCGAAUCCCUGCAACAUGAACGUCAGCAGCUUGGCAAUACCCAUCAAUAAGAAUGAAAAGCUGCUCCGGCCGCCCAUCUCACCCCUCUCCGACGCCUCCAAACACAAAUACUCCAGCGAGGACUUGUCCUCCGGCAGAGCCAGCGGCGCAGGCCUGUUCCCUUCCGCCGCCUCCAGCAAAAAGCUCAAGGCUGAGAACCAGCUGCCGGCUCACGCUGCAGACCUCACGAAAGCAGCUCACCACAACUCAGAAAACGUUCUCCACAAGCCACGGCCACAGACGGAGCCGUGGUCCCCGGGCUCCAGCGGCCACCGGGACUGCAAGAGGCAGAAACUCAUCUUCGACGACAUGCCGCGCAGUGCCGAUUAUUUUAUGCAAGAAGCUAAGCGGAUGAAGCACAAAGCAGAUGCAAUGGUGGAAAAGUUUGGAAAGGCUUUGAACUACGCCGAAGCAGCCUUGUCAUUCAUUGAGUGUGGAAAUGCAAUGGAACAGGGCCCAAUGGAAUCCAAAUCCCCGUACACGAUGUAUUCGGAAACAGUGGAACUCAUCAGGUAUGCCAUGAGACUAAAGACCCACUCAGGCCCCAAUGCCACACCAGAGGAUAAACAGCUGGCUGCGUUAUGUUACCGAUGCCUGGCCCUCCUGUACUGGCGGAUGUUCCGACUCAAAAGGGAUCAUGCUGUCAAGUAUUCAAAAGCACUUAUCGACUAUUUCAAGAAUUCAUCGAAAGCUGCCCAAGCCCCGUCGCCAUGGGGGGGCGGUGGAAAGAGCACUGGAACCCCAUCGCCCAUGUCCCCCAACCCCUCCCCCACCAGCUCCGUGGGAUCUCAGGGGAGCCUCUCCAACACCAGCGCCCUGUCCCCUUCGACCAUCGUCAGCAUCCCACAGCGCAUCCACCAGAUGGCAGCCAAUCACGUCAGCAUCACCAACAGCAUCCUCCACAGCUACGACUACUGGGAGAUGGCAGACAACCUGGCCAAGGAAAACCGAGAAUUCUUCAACGACCUGGACCUGCUCAUGGGGCCGGUGACCCUGCACAGCAGCAUGGAGCACCUGGUGCAGUACUCCCAGCAGGGCCUGCACUGGCUGCGGACCAGCGCCCACCUGCCGUAGGCCCGCGCCCGCGGCCGCUGUGCUCCCCUCCGAGGACGGCUCCACGUUCUGGACGCUGUGCUGCCGACACUCCCAGCCGCAGCGCUGAUCAAACCCAGUGACUGUUUUCUCAGCAUCAGACAGUGGUCUUUCCCAGGGCACGUGUGCCUGUAUGUGUGGGUGCAGAAGCAGCAGCGUGUGUGUGUAAGAUGCACAGCUCUUAAAACAUACUUUCUUUGUCUAGUUUCCAUAAUCCCAGGCUAGACAAAGUGGUCAGAAGUUUCUGAUUAGAGGAAAUACACUUACACACACACACACACAAUAACACACACACACACACACACACACACACACACACACACUCUUUCUACUUCAAAGCUAACCCUUGACUUUUUAGAACAUUCAACCAAAACCUUGUGGUGAGUUCACCAGGUGCCGCGAAGCACACCAACAGCCUGACUGCCAGUGAAGAGGACCUCUCCUCACGGUGGACGACGUUCAGUGUUGAUACACUAUCCCCGCUCACCCUUCGGUUGUACGUGUCCAUGGGUAGUUGAGUAAUGAAAGUCAGUCAUGUUUUGCUGGAUGUUUACUAGGUUGCAUGUUACCAAAUGCCCUGCCUUUCAUUUAUUUGCUCCUCGCCCCUCCAUCCAACUGCACCCUCAGCUGAAUGCACUGUAAGCAGAUGGACCGGUGCCCUGCCCCGGCGUGGUCUGGGUGGGCGCCGUGUUCGGUGGGAACUCGGUGCCUGGGGGGCGAGCCCGCCCAUGCCGAGGGGAGCCAGGCAGGACCCGGUGUCUCCUGCACCUGCCACCCGCCCGCCCCGCAGGUGUCUCUUCUCCCCGCCUCGGUGGCCCGGGCCGGAGAGCCUGUUGGCACUGCCAGUCUUUUCAGCGUGGCGUUUUUAAGCAUUUCCUUUUCACAAUAGCUUUCUCACCAACGUCUUGGCCACAUGAGGACGUUCCCCAGAGGGCGCCCCCCCUGGGAGUCUGUGUGCUGUCACCGGGCGGUGUGCGGUGCUCACGCCGGGCAGCAGGUGCCACGCGACUGCAUUGUGAACGGGGCGCGUCGGCCCAGUCAGCGGGCUGCCCUCCGCGCGGGGCGGCUCCUGCUGCCUCCUCCCGCCUCGCCGCGGGGCUGUCGGGUGGCAUGUCCUCUGCGCCAGGUAUGUUUACGUCUUGCUCCCAACUCUUUUCUUUUUUUUCUUUUUUUUAAGUUUACAUUUUAGUUUUUUGACACCUGUUUACAUUUUUUGUCUGAAACUUGUUUAUAUUUUAGUCCCCUGUCAUGCCCUAGAUUUAGUCUUCUUAUUAAACAUGUUUGGUUAUAAAAUUAUUGCUUGAAAAGAAAAACUGAACAAAAAAAAAAGGAUGUGCUUUGCCAUAACUUUCACAACAAAGACUAUGGCUCUGAGGCCCCUCCCUGACCACACUGCACCGGACUGGUCUUUUCAACCCCCCCCCCCCUUUCUCCGCGGGGAGGGCGCCCAGCAUCUAUCACAGAUUCGGACGGUGGAGUCGGUGGGGUCAGUCGGUUCGGUUCCGAUGUUGACAUUCCUGUCGUCCUGACAGGACAGAGGAGAUGAGAUGUAAUUCCCUAGCUCCCAGCACUCUCUCAGGACUGCACAAAUGACUGAUCUGUGCGCGUGGUGGCCCGAAAUUAACUUACAAAGAGCAAGUGAAGGAAGGGCUUUGCCAUUGGCUUUUGGCUUUGGCCUUCAAGCAUCUGCACUGUUCACAGAGUUUGUUUUACUUUCAUCCAGCCCAGGGGUCUGUCACAGCCUGGGUAGAGUUCAUGAUCCCAUUCAUGUGGGAAGUUUCCGUCUAACUUAAGGAAUUGUGAACUGAUAUAUAGGUUUUUGUGGCUGCUGUUUGUAUGUUCGGAGGACUGAGGCUUAGUUCCGCUUGCUCUCGCUGAAUUCCGCCGAAAUGUGCAAACUCGCACACAAGGGCUGGCCCUCAGGCGCGCCCCCAGGUGCUCUGCAGGCCUGUCCGUGUUAAAGCUGCAGGAUGUGCGGUGUCCGUGGGGUGUGCUUCCCAUGAGGCCCCAUCUGAACACCCCGCGGCCUCUGUGUUUUCCCGGCGCUUCGAAGACCACGUUUCCCAGCAAACCCUGUCGUUGUGGGCGUGGCCUUUCGCUUCAUCGUGGAGCCUGAGGGGCAGAGUGUGUUAGCCUGGACGAGAUGAUUAUGGUGAGAAGCCAACUUCUUAUUGGUGCAUGUGAAAGUCAUUCAUAACUGUUCCUUUAUUUGCUUUUGUUCAGAGUAGAGAUAUAUUUUUUGCAUUUUCUGAUUAUAAAGCAAUACAUGCUUCAGUGUAAAAAUUCAGACAACAUGGAAACGUAGAAACGUAGAAAGUAGUAAGUCCCAUCCCAAUCUCCCCUUACAGACAACCACUGCUCACAGCUUCAUGUCUGUCCUUCUAGUGACGCUCCUGUGUCAACACGUGCUGUCCCUUUAGUUCGUCUCUCUGUUUGGAGACAUAUUUCCUUAGCAGUUCAGCACAAGUCACCUGACCUUACCCUUCCUGACCUGAACGGAUGCCACCCUGUAUCACAAUGUUUCAGAUGCAUUCCUCCUCACCCCGUGGGGUUUGUGACUGCUCUCCGCAGAUCAGACUUACGUGCAGAAUUGUGCCCAGAAAGAGAGGUUUGGUUAAAACAGAGAUUUCUGGAAACUUUCCCAUGAGAAAUGGAAACUCGGACCCGCUAUCUAAAGAGGAAUGUACUGGGAAAAAUAAUCUGAAAAGCUGACAAAUUGUGUACUAGACAGAACGCAUAGAACGCAAUGCAACGAGACUUCCUGCACUAAAACUUAUGCCGGUGUGUGCGACACUGAUGCGUGUAUUAUAUAACAGUGGUGUGUACAUUUCUGACAUCCCAUGCAUACGAUACACAGUUUGUACAAACGCAUACAUUUAAAAAUAUAUAUGUACAAUACAGCUACCAUGAGACUGUAGUACGCCUGGAGGGUAUGACUAGUGCCUAACAUUGAGUGUAAGUCACUGCGUGUUCGCAUCACCUUGGAAGUACGGUAAUUGUUAUAAAAUUAAUCAGUGCAACCAACAUUAUUUAUGAAUCACAUCUUUGAAACUGUGCAGUAGUAUAUACAUAUAUAUUUUUAAACAACAUUUUUCACAGUUUUCCAGAGUUACUGUUGAAAUCUGUAUCACCAAAAAAAAAGAAAAGAAAAAAAAAAGAAGCAAGAUUUUUUUAACGAUGUAGACACUCUUCAGACCCCGUAAUCUGUGUGUGAUUUCCUGUUUGUAGAUACCCAAGAGACUUUAGCAGUCACCAGCCUUAAUGCAUGUACAGGAUAUUAUUGUGACUUAAUUUAUCUGCAGUUUUUAAUCCAUGUGAAAUUGGAAUUUAUAAACUGACUUGGAUUAAAUAUGUCUGCCUUUCUAAGGUUGCAAAUGUUACAUUAAAUGACUUACGUUGUAAA